GUGCCCGCGGCCACUGGCGCCGCCGCCGCCUCUUUUCCUCUCCCCCCCGCGGAGCUCCGCCGGCGCGGUUUCCCAGCCCGAUGACCCCCGGCCGCUGGCUCCAGGGCGGGCUGAGCCCCUCCUCACCUGAGCGGGGUCCCAGCAAAGUGCGGGCGACAGGCUGCCGGGCGGCUGGGCGCAGGGCUCGAGGCGAGUCCCCGCGACACGUUGGCAAGCGGGGGUGCCCCUGCAGUCUGGCUUUGCCUCCGGCGAGCCGGGGAACCAACCUGUCUCCCGCCCCGGCCUCCAACUUGGCCAAGCGCGUUCCCCCUCCCCGCAUCCCUGCCGCCAGCCAAUCGCAAAAGUUCUUGGGGGAUUCGCUGGCAAAGUAGAUCGAGAGAGCGCGCGGGGGGGGGGGGGGGGCGUGGAACCGUCUGCGAGCUUUGAGAAAAGCGUGCCGGGAAAGGAGAUCUCUGCUUGGGAUCAGGGGGGUCGCCGUUUGAGUCUUGGGAUUUGAGACGUUGCGCCAGGCGUUAAGGGGUCCCGAUGCAGCCGCCGGCGUCCUUCCUCCUCUGCGUGCUGGUUUGGGCCAACUUUUGUCCCCGGCAAGGCUCCACCGCCGGCGCCCAGAGUGGAUCUAUCCGAGCGCUGCGAGCUUCGAACCUGCGGAGAGAUGAGAGCAAUCACCUCACAGCCUUGUACCGGAAAGAGGAGACCAUCCAUAUCCGGGGAAAUGGCCACAUCCAUAGCCCCCGUUUCCCAAACAGCUAUCCCAGGAACUUGUUGCUGACAUGGAGGUUGCUUUCGCCUGAGAACACAAGGAUACAGCUGGUGUUCGACAGUCAGUUUGGACUGGAAGAGCCAGAGAAUGAGAUCUGCAGAUAUGACUUUGUGGAAGUGGAAGAUAUAUCUGAAAUCAGCACAAUUAUCCGAGGACGUUGGUGCGGGCACAAGGAAGUUCCCCCGAGAAUAACAUCAAAAACAAAUCAGCUGAAGAUAAGUUUCAAGUCUGAUGACUACUUUGUGGCUAAACCUGGAUUCAAAAUUUAUUAUUCCCAUGUGGAUGAUCUGCCACCUGCUGCAUCUGAAACCAACUGGGAAUCAGUCACAAGCCCUGUCUUGGGGGUAUCCUAUCACUCUCCAUCAGUGACUGACCCAACCCUUAUGGCAGAAGCUCUGGAUCAGACCAUUGCUGGUUUUGACACUGUGGAAGAACUGCUAAGACACUUUAAUCCAGAUACUUGGCAAGAAGAUCUUGAGACUCUGUACACAGACACUGCCCAGCAUAGAGGGAGAAAUUUCUAUGAAAGAAAGUCAAAAGUUGACUUGGACAGGUUGAACGAUGAUGUGAAGCAGUACAGCUGCACUCCAAGGAACUAUUCUGUCAACAUACGGGAGGAGCUGAAGGUGACAAAUUUUGUGUUCUUUCCACGCUGCCUUCUCGUCCAGCGCUGUGGCGGCAACUGUGGCUGUGGCUUUACAAACUGGAAAUCCUGCACGUGCGCACCAGGAAAACUAGUGAAGAAGUAUCAUGAGGUGCUGAGGUUCAUCCCUGGACCGGGUCACAUCAGAAGAAGGGGCAGAACUGAGAAUGUGAGGCUGAUAGAUAUCCAACUGGAGCACCACGAGCGCUGUGAAUGUGUCUGCAGUUCAAGACCACCCCGAUAGACAGACUCCCACCACCCUAUUUGCGACUGAAAGGACCUCUUUCUCUUCAGGAAAGGGCAGUCUGGGAAUCUUCUCCAGCGACCAUGAAAUGUUGCUGACAGCUUGCAUUGUCACUGGUAGAGAGACAUCCAUCGCCUUGCAACUUUUAAAGUGCCAAGUGCCACAGCAAUUAAUCAAUAAUAACACAGAUUUACGUAUCUAAUCCAAACGUGGGAUUGAACAUUUAAAUGCAGAAGGAGGAACCGAGUGCCGAAAAUCUUAGGCCCCUUCUGUGCAUGCAGAAUAAUGCCCUUUCAGUCCACUUUCGCAAUAGUUUGCAAGUGGAUUUUGCUAUUCAAACCACUUUCACAACUGUUUGCAAGUGGAUUUUGCCAUUCCACACAGCUUCAAAGAGCAUUGAAAGCAGUUUGCAAGUGCAUUAUUCUGCAUGUGCGGAAGGGGCCUUUGGGUCUGCAGUGAGAUCUGCUUGCAGGAUGGCAAAUAUUUUGCCUUAAGAAUAGCACAAGCCUAAUAAUAAGGGGCACACAUGCAUGUUUCACAUAUUCUUAUGCACAACUCUUCAGCAGGUAAACCUUUAAGCACACUUACAGCAUAAUGGCAUACUUUGAAAAUAGUAAAGUCAUAAAUGGCAGUCCCAAUCCAGGAUCUAGAAAAUGUAAUCAUCCUAUAGAAUCUUUAGUGGCUCUGGGUAGGCAAAAUCCAGGUUUUGUACAAGAAACAAGAGACCACGUCCAACCAUAAGCAGAUAUGUGCCUUACAGUCAGCAAACCAUCUAUGCAAACCUAUGCAUAGCAUUGCACGUUUAACAACCUGGACCCAGGAAGGCUGGAACAUGAACAUAAAAAUUCCGCUCCUGGGUUGAGGCAGAAGCUCCCCAAAAGAGCUCACCCGUUCCCUCCAAUUGUAGAUGUGGAAAAUGUGAAAAAAUAAUGAAGAUAAUGAGGGGCAGAGUUGUUCAUACAAAACACCUAUUUAAUUGGGCCAGCCUUAAAUGGGAGCACUUAAUGCUGAGAGUCAUCCGAAGUACUCUAUUAGCUGUUUUCAGGGUCAGAAUAGCACAUGCUGAGUUCCCAAAUGAUGUCAAGUUUAAGAAGCUCUGUUGCAUUAAUAAAUAUAGGGGUUUUUUAUCUUUAAAAAGUUGGAUUUAAAGUCCUAUCAUAAUUUGAGACCCUAACUAUAGCUUACUUAACUGGUUCAUAAAUCCAGCUUUCGAUAGGCUGUUGAGGGUUUUCCGAUCUGGGUGGCCAUGGUCAGAUACUUUUGGCUUCUAACAUUUUGCCUGCAUCUAUGGCUGGCAUCUUCAAAGGCAUGUCAUGGUGAGAUGUGUUUCUCUCUAUGGCGCAAAGAGAGGAGACAGUAGUAGCUCUAGGAAUCACCAGAAAUUUCUAUUGUAAAGCCAUAGAAUAGGAAUUUCUAAUGAUUCCUAGAUCUACUCAUUGCCACUUUUUCAAACAGAUUUUUUAUUUUCAACAGAGAAUUUCAAAAAAGAAAAGGGGAUAUUAAAAAGAAGAAAUAAGUAAAUAUAAACAAUAGCAUUACAUGGACUUGCAUCAACUUUAACUAGGUAGUCUACUGGAGGAAAGUCAUUGUUAAUCAUUUUACAAUCUGGUUAAUUUUAGCUACAUUUUCAAAUAAUUUGGAAAAGAUUAAUGGGCAAAUACAUAAAAUUUUAUACAUAUAGAAAACUGUUGCACUUUUUGAGAAAUCAUUCCUUACAGCAGGUUAUUAAAAUGGUAUUUAUAUGUACUUAGGUCAAUACUGUCUACUAAUAUCUGUAUGUAUGGAUCUCUCUCUCUCUCUCUCUGUGUAUGUCAACUAUAACAUCAUAAUGACUACACUCAUACCUAAAUAAAGCUUCUUAUUACGUAGUAGUUAAAA